GGAGAAGCCUUAAUUCGUCUUCUCAUUUCCAUAUUGUCGUUAACCCAGAACUGAACGUCGGCUUCCUCGCUCUCCCACUUCGGCGACUUGUUCUUCCCCAGCCAAUCUCCAGUCCAUACCAGCUCCACUGAAUUGGGUCACUAUCUUGCUCUUUCGUUUCCAUUCCAGCAAAUACUUUCUCAGACAAAUAAAAGAAAUGAAAAGAAACGACCGCAUUUCCCCAUUUCUCCUUCUCCUUUCAUACUCUGUGAUUAAUCUGAAUCCAAUUAGGAAGUGCAAUCCGAGGAAUCUCCGCUCGAGUUUCAGCUCGCUGACUAGUACUAACAUGAAUGCGCGAUCGUUCAGCUUCUCGACGGCGGCGAACGGGUUUACAAGUAUGUGGUUAGGGUUUUCGGUGCUGAAGGACUUAAGAUGGAGUUUCCAAUCCUCGUUCUACAAUGUGUCGAUGAUGCAACUUAAGAAGGAAUGCUAGUUAUAGGGUUUCGACGAAUCGAAGGCGAAGAGUUCAACACCGCGACCGACUGUAGUGGAGGAGAGAUUGCUAGAUGACCCGCCCUGGUACCGUUCAUCCGCCAUGGCUAACGAGCUCUGAUAGGAAUUGAAUAUAAAGUCAGGAGACUGAGAUUUUGAGCAAAUGGAAGAUUGUGCCGAGGUGGAUGGGAAAGCUUCAGAAAAUUCAAUCACGGUGCCACUCCGGCUCUCUCAGACUUGUGCUCCCCGAUUACUUCAUCGAGUAACGAUAACAGAAUCUUGUGGAGCAAAUCCGGAAGUAGAUGCCAACGAGCUCAAAAUGAGAGCUUUGCUAUUAGCAUGGCCACGAAAAGUGACUGACAGCAGGUACAACUACCCUACUCAAGCUAGAAGGUCAACAAGACUGGCUACGACUGUUGCAGUGGGGAAGGUUCAUCAUGAACCUAACGAGAGGUGGGCGCGGGACGUGUUCAACCUGACACUUUGGAGGCCUUUCUACUUCAUUAGCAGCCGCGUGAACUAUUGUUUGAUGUAG